GUCAACUUCAGUUGGAGUUUUCCGUCUCCGAGGCUGAGAACAACCGAACGGUUGUUUUCUCAACUCUUUUGCUCAUUGGAUACAGUAGCUUCAACGACGAAUCUCAUCCAUUGCCUUGGAUAAUACCGUAUUUCCGGUCCAACUGCAUGUCUAUCUGUGACUUUAUCUUAUUAAUUCCCAAAUUCUAUUCCGAUAUUGGCUCUUGCCAUCAUGAUGCGGCCCAAUCGCUCGUUUCUGGGCUCAACGCCUCGAAACAUAUCACGACAUUUCCCCUCAUUAUCAACCAUAUCAAGACGCCAAUUCACCGAUGCAGCAUCUCAUUCAUCCAAUAAGAUCCAAGUAUACACUUCAACUUCUCGUGAUCCCUUCCUGAACCUCUCUGUUGAGCACCAUCUUCUCCAGAAGACGCCCCCAGAGUCGACCAUACUCUUCCUCUACACCAAUGACCCCUGUAUUGUCUUUGGUCGAAACCAAAAUCCAUGGAUGGAAGUGAAUCUUCGAAGACUGGCCCAGUUCCGUAAUGAUCCUGCCAGCGUAGGUUGGACUGGUGGACCAGUGCAGCUCGUCCGUCGUCGUUCAGGGGGAGGCGCUGUUUUUCACGAUGAAGGAAAUGUCAACUUUAGCGUCAUUUGCCCUCCUGCAGUCUUUGAUCGGAACAAGCACGCCGAGAUGGUCGUAAGAGCUCUCUCAUCUCUUGGAAGGCCAAAUACGCGUGUCAAUGAGCGACACGACAUCGUUAUAGAUAUCCCUGAUGAUCCAAUCGGCACCUACAAGAUCUCAGGGUCCGCAUAUAAACUCACUCGUCUUCGAUCUCUCCACCACGGAACAUGUCUCCUCCGCAGUCCAAACCUGACCAACAUCUCAGGCAUGUUGCGUUCACCCGCUGAGCCAUACAUCAAGACUCGUGGCGUUGACAGUGUCCGCAGCCCUGUCCGGAAUGUCGGGAUCGAGAAUGCUGCUUUCGAGGCUGCCGUUGUGGAACAGUUUGCAAGCAUGUACGGCAACUUUGAUGUCCGGGAGGUCAUCAGUGACAAGGUACUUGAGACGGAUAGCAUCAGCAAAGGGUACGAGGAACUACAGUCGCGAGACUGGAUCUAUGGCCAGACACCAAAAUUCACCUUCUCAACUUUCCCGUACGAGGAGGACCCUCGAGAGCGUCCUCAACUAGACUUUGACACUAAGCUUCGUUUCGAAGCUAGACACGGUGUCGUAGACAAAUUCACAGCCGAAGGUCCAUCGUCUCCCGCUUCAGAAGAUGGUCUGUCAGCACUCACAUCAUCAUCCAUCUACAACGUCUCCAGCUGGGGCGCACAGCUUUCCCAAGCUGGCAUGGCUGAUGGCGAUGCGGCAAAGGUCGGGCCAUGGAUGGACGACAUCUUGGGAGUCGACUUCACGAAACCCCAACAAUAAUGCCGCCGUUCUCUGAAUAGGCUGCAACAUGGUACACGAAAUGUCAGAGAGGUCAAUACGAGCAAUCUCUUCCGUGCUGUCCGUCUCUUUCAUACACCACUUCAUGCUCCGAGCAUUCCAUUAUUUUGCCCGGUUCUCAUGUCAUGUCUCACUCAGAACGCGAAGGCGAAUCCGAAUAGAUCCGGUGACUGCCUAGCCUAUUGGUUAUAAGUAGCAUAUGAACUUGACACACCAUAGUGGGAAUGCCCACACACCUUUCGGAGCAGAAGACAGCAAGGCUGGCUGAGCCUCGCACGCGUCGCGUUCAAUCAAAAAGUACGCGUUGCACUUUCUUCGCCGCUUCACGGUCUGGGCCAUACCUGGAACCAAUAUUGCUGGAAGUGAGCAACAGAUUCCGGUGUCCAGCUGGUGGGAAGCUCGGGGGCAGCUAAGAGCAUCACAUGGCUUGUCAGCCGACCUAGGGUCCAGCCCAUCCAUCACGCAUCAAAAAUUCCCAACAUCCGCAGCCUCUCGACAGUGCAGUCUGUGCUCAGCACCACCUCCCUCAGCCUCCCGCUGCUUGAUAGGUGACAAUCUUCAUCCUGCCUUGCUUCCAUAUCCGGCGCACUGUCUAGAUCUCAUGAUAUGACUGGCUGGGUGGUUUUGACAAAGAUCAUUGUGUGGCUGCUAAUAAAGCAGCUGCUUCUGCGGUGGGGAUUGUGAGACACUUGGCAAAGGUAUUGGAAUCAGAUCACGGACUGCCGUGGCUGCCACGUACGAAGCGGAGGAAAGGGGGCAAGACCCCGAAUGAUGUAUGGGGUUGCAAUCUUGAGCAUCAGCUUGCUCGAUAGCAGGUUUUUCUAAACAAAGAUCGACAGCCUUACGAAACAGCCGGCAAAAGGAGGCACAAGGUGCAAGAAAUCUCCGGUAUUAAGCUCUCUCUGCACUUCCACGAGACGUGAACAGUUUUUGGACAAAAAGAGCUGAGGAGAUGUGGUGAAAGCGUUGGUCUUGUCGUGGACUUGUGAAAUCCUAUGGCGAUAUCCUUUAGAGUUUGUUUUGUAUAUUAGCCUUGCUCUACAAAAAUGUCCGGAUUCUUGUUGCAACCCC